AUGGCGACCAAAUGCGACACCUCUUCUACCAUCGGCUUGGACGAUGCACCCUAUGACUACAUUGUGGUCGGAGGUGGAACAUCAGGGCUCGUGGUUGCUUCCAGGCUGACUGAGGACGAGAACGUUCGUGUGCUUGUUCUCGAAGCUGGCGCAAACCGCCUUGAUGAUCCCAAGAUUACAAUUCAAGCUCUUGCUGUUUCUACCUAUGGCGACCCAGACUAUGACUGGUGCUUGACCACAGAGCCUCAGGUCGGGCUCCAUAACCGCAGGCUGGCACAGCCGUUGGGAAAGACUCUGGGUGGCUCUUCAGCAAUCAACCUUGGCAUGGUCAUUUACCCAUCAAAGUCGGGCUUCGAUUCAUGGGAGAAAUCAGGCAACCCGGGCUGGGGGUGGGACACGAUGGAGAGCUACUUUCGCAAGUUCCACACAUUUACCGAGCCCCAGCCCAAGCUCAAGAAGGAAUUCAUGCUCGACUUUUUGAACGGAAACCAUGGGAGAGACGGGCCAAUCCAAAUCUCUUACGGUAGCGAAGAGGGCUUCCCUCCCUUCUGCGCGGCCUGGCCACAGACGUGGGCCAACCUGGGCAAGGCCAUUGACAGUGAUCCGAUUGCUGGCGUCUCUAUCGGAGCUUUCAACAAUGCAGCUACGCUUCACCCAGUCACAAGGGAGAGGAGUCAUGCUGGUAGUACUUAUUAUGCCGAGAGAGCUGCACAGAGGCCGAAUUUGCGAGUGGUUACAGAGGCACUGGUUGAAAAGCUUCUGUUGACCGAGCAGACCAGCACCAGCAGUACCAAUAAGAUCAAGGCUACGGGUGUUUCAUUCACAGGAAAAGACGGGAAAAGGCGCCAAAUUACUGCCAAGCGUGAAGUUAUACUCGCGGCCGGGGCCGUCAAGACGCCUCAGCUGCUUGAGGUCUCGGGUAUCGGUAACAGGGACCUACUCGAGAGCCAUGGAAUCGCGUGCCUCCUGGACAACCCCAACGUUGGUGAAAACCUCCAGGACCACGGCUACGUGCCCUUUGGCUGGGAAGUCCAGGACCCCAUGACCUCGGGCGACCAAAUGCGCGACCCGGAAGUGGUCAAGAUGUGCAUUGACGCGUUCCAGGCGGCCAGGGCCGGUCCGCUGUCCGUCAAUGCCCUCGCGUCGUCCUUUUUCCCUCUCCAGAACCCCGACUUGACCCCCGUGGCCGUCGGUCCACUGCUGGAGGAGCUGGGCCAGGCCAACGCGCAGCCCAGCGUUCUGAGGGAGCAGAUUUGCACACCUGGUGACUGUUCGGCGCAGUUCACUGUGGUGCCUUUCCAUGCGAACCCUUAUCCCGGAGACGAUGUACAAAAGGUCUACGGGUUCGGCACCCCGGGGUUCUACGCCAGCGUCGUGGCCGUUUUGAACCACCCCUUUAGCCGCGGUUCAGUACACAUCAAGUCGGCCGACAUCAGCACGCCGCCGGCCCUCGAUCCCAACGCCAUGUCGCACCCGCUGGACCUGGAACUGCACGCGCGGCACGUGCUCGUGCUCGAAAAGAUCUGCGACACGGAGCCGUUGCGUGGACUCUGGAAGGAAGAUGGAAAGCGUUUGCACAAUAAUGGCCAGAGAGUCGAGACACUGGAGCAAGCGAAAGAGGCCGUCAAGCACACGUAUACGCCACAUUACCACCUGUGUGGAACGGCCGCCAUGUUGCCGAGGGAGCAGGGUGGCGUUGUGGGUUCUGACCUCAGAGUCUAUGGUGUAGACGGACUCCGAAUCGUCGAUGCCAGUAUCUUCCCGCUGAUUCCAAGAGGCAAUAUCCAAAGCUCCGUCUUUGCUGUGGCUGAGAGAGCUGCCGACAUAUUGGUGCAGCAGCCUGUCACAGUUUGA